AUGAACGCGCCAGAGAGGAACGGUAAUCACACCACCAUUGUUGAUCAAGUGAAUCAAUGCGUCGAGACGGGCCGCAAUGCCGUCACUUCAGCGAAGCAACGCGUAUUGGAACGCGCAGAAGCGGGACGCGAGCGUGCGGGAGAACUCGCGCAGGCCGGACGUGAACAACUCGAUGGAGCUAUUCAAAGUGCAGCCCGCGUGCGGGCAGUGGCAGACGAGUAUGUGGAGAAUGGGAAACGAGUGCUGCAAGAGGCCCGUGAAACUGCAAAGAAUACAGUUGAGCCACUCGUUGAUAACGCCCGCACACUCGCAGAAACUUCCACGAAGCGAAUUGAGGAAACACGUGCCGCGGUGCAGACGUCUCUUACGAACGUUGUGAACACCUCACGUCCGCGUUUUGAGGAGCUCCGGACAAGCAGCACGAAUGCAUUGAAGACCCGCGACCCGCAUCUUCUUGUUUCCGUGGCAGCGCAGUUUGUCGCUUUUGUACUUUUUGUCCUCAACCUCCUCGUGGUGGAGUUGUGCAAAGUGAAGCGGGUGAAGUCGGCUGUGGUGUACGUGCAGGAGUCGACGCUGACGAAGAAGGCCGUUGAUUUUGUGAAGUGGGUGGAUGUCCCCCGCAGAGUUGAGAGCGUCCCGUUUGUGGGCAAACGUCUGGUCUCCGUCGCGACGACAUUUGUGGAGGAAGUCAAGGCAAACAUGGCACCAAAAGUGGUGGAGAGGAGGAGGGAGAGGGAAAGGAAGAGGGCGUCAAUAGAGAAGGAGAAAUAA